AUGGACCUCCCACUAGGCUUCAGAUUCCAUCCUACAGAUGAAGAGCUCAUCAAUCAUUAUCUAAAGCCGAAGGUUUCACCUUCCUCGAAUCAUCAGCUAAUCUCCAUUAUUGCUGAUGUCAAUAUCUACAAGUUCGAUCCAUGGGAACUUCCCGAUAAGGCCUGUUUCGGGGAGAACGAAUGGUUUUUCUUCAGUCCGAGAGAAAGAAAGUAUCCUAACGGAACACGUCCGAAUCGAGCGGCGGCGUCCGGUUUCUGGAAAUCCAGCGGGACUGAUAAACCGAUCAUCACCUCUGUUGGUGUUGGAUCGAGACCACAAUGUCUAGGAAUGAAGAAAGCUCUUGUGUUUUACAAAGGGCGUCCCACGAAAGGUGUAAAAACGGAUUGGAUGAUGACUGAAUAUAGACUUGUCGAUGAUUACUUUGUAUCUCAUAGGCCUAAAGGAUCCAUGGAAUUGGAAGAUUGGGUUCUAUGCCGAGUUAGCCAUAAAGGCAAACUCAGUCAACAAGUACGAGGAAGAAACUCUGAUAUGGUAACACAGAACACCAUUAUUGAAGGAACUGAUCCUCUUACCCCAACCAUUGAUUCCAAUGUAAGAGAGGUGCUAGAUUCCAUUGCAAGGGUACUCUCUGUUGGAGCUUUGGAUGAAUUGAGUGCUUCAAUUAUUUAA